AUGUUCUGCGUACGGAAUCUCACGCGGUCGUCGAUCGCCCUGAAGCAGGCGCCGAGCAACGACAUGCAGAGCGUGCUGAGCCGCGUCGUCAUGCCGGUCGCCUGGCAAACCGCGCCGGCGACCUGCCGCGGAUACGCCGACCACCAGAUCCCGGAUCGUCUGAGGGACGUGCCCGAGGCGCCGAACCCGAGGUUCUUCGACAUGGUGGAGUACUUCUUCCAUCGCGCCUGUCAGAUCAUCGAGGACAAGCUGGUCGAGGACAUCGGCAAGCGAUCACGUGUCACGGUCGAGGAGCGCAAGAAGAAGGUCAAGGGUAUCUUGAUGUUGAUGCAGCCCUGCGAUCACAUUCUUGAGACCACGUUCCCGCUUAGACGCGAUUCCGGCGACUAUGAGAUGAUCACGGGCUACCGCGCUCAGCAUUCCACCCAUCGAACACCUUGCAAGGGAGGUAUUCGUUUCUCAAUGGAUGUCUCACGGGACGAAGUUAAAGCCCUGUCGGCCUUAAUGACAUUCAAAUGUGCGUGUGUCGACGUACCAUUCGGUGGGGCUAAAGCCGGAAUUAAAAUAAACCCAAAGAACUAUUCGGAACACGAGCUGGAGAAAAUUACCAGAAGAUUUACGUUGGAAUUGGCGAAGAAAGGAUUCAUUGGGCCUGGAGUGGAUGUUCCUGCUCCAGAUAUGGGUACGGGCGAGCGAGAAAUGUCUUGGAUAGCCGAUACCUACGCAAAGACUAUCGGUCAUCUCGAUAUUAACGCUCAUGCUUGUGUUACUGGCAAACCCAUCAAUCAAGGUGGUAUUCAUGGUCGCAUUUCCGCGACAGGACGUGGAGUAUUCCACGGAUUAGAAAAUUUCAUCAACGAAGCUAAUUACAUGAGCAUGAUUGGUACUACGCCCGGCUGGGGAGGCAAAACAUUUAUUCUCCAAGGUUUCGGUAACGUAGGUUUGCAUUCGAUGCGUUAUUUACACCGUGCAGGCGCCGCUUGCAUAGGUGUAAUCGAACACGAUGGAUCUAUUUAUAAUCCAGAGGGUAUUGACCCGAAGGAAUUGGAAGAGUACCGCAUAGAAAAUGGUACUAUUGUUGGCUUUCCUGGAGCCAAGUCAUAUGAAGGCGAAAAUCUCAUGUACGAACCGUGUGAUAUAUUUAUACCUGCUGCUAUAGAGAAAGUAAUUACCAAAGAAAAUGCCGGCCGUAUUCAGGCAAAGAUUAUCGCGGAAGCUGCUAAUGGACCAACCACUCCUGCCGCAGAUAAGAUUUUAAUCGAUAGAAACAUUCUUGUUAUUCCGGAUUUGUACAUUAACGCUGGUGGUGUCACAGUCUCAUUCUUUGAAUGGUUAAAAAACCUGAAUCAUGUGUCAUAUGGCCGUCUAACUUUCAAAUAUGAAAGGGAAUCUAAUUAUCAUCUCUUAGGUAUAUUAGAUUCGAUGAAAAAUUUAAUUAAAUUUUGUAUACAUAUGAUCUUUAAAAAUAUGAUUUAUAAAUUCAUCUUUAUUUCAGAAUCGGUACAAGAGUCUUUAGAACGUAGGUUCGGUCGAGUUGGUGGUCGUAUUCCUGUCACACCAUCCGAAGCCUUCCAAAAACGUAUAUCUGGCGCUUCCGAAAAAGAUAUUGUCCACUCUGGUUUAGAUUAUACAAUGGAGAGAUCCGCUCGGGCUAUUAUGAAGACUGCCAUGAAAUUCAAUCUUGGACUUGACUUGAGGACAGCCGCAUAUGCCAAUUCGAUUGAGAAAAUAUUUACUACUUACUCAGAAGCUGGUCUAGCUUUUUAAAUAUUUUAGUCGCUGGAUCGUAUACAGCAAAUCAUGAUGAUAAAGAUAAAGUCAGUUUUUACUGUAUAACCGCAAAAGAUACUUGGAUUUAUCAUUCAAGGAAUAUUCACGAGCAAUUGACAGUUGUGUCAAAUCACAGCUUUCAAAACUUGCGAUAGAAGCACAUCCCAUGCAGAAUUAUCAUCUGUCAUAAUUUGCGUCGUAACAAUAUGCCUAGUUAUGCAUAUAGAAUCGCAUAAAUCGGAUAUUAUCACACCAUUAAAGUAAAAUAGCAAUAUGAAAUAAUAUCCGACGAGAAGUCUACAACGACUAUUUUCUGUAAAGUAGGAAAGGCCAGACUCAAUACAAUUUUAUAUCGGAGUAUCGUUAUACAAAGCUGCCAUUGAGCCUGAUAACUAUUUAAGAUUUCUCGACAAUGCCAUUUUAAUGAUAUUGUUAUAUUUCCGAUAUUACACUUAAAUAUUCAUAAAAUUUUACCUUUUACGACGAGAUUGGCUCUUGGACAGAGCAAAGACAGUGAUAUGAAAAUGAUAUCUGUAGCUAGAUAGAUCAUGUUACAUACGAUAUACUUGUUGUAUGCAUUCUGUUAAUAAAGCUACUCAAUUCUGAAAGUAAA